AUGCUGUUCAAGAAGAACAGCAUCCUGGACCGGCCCAUCAAGCCGCCGUCCAUGCGCAACUACGAGUCCGGCCCCGACGAGUUCGAGGCCAAGCUGCGGCGCGACGCGCUGGUGAAGGAGCGGAUCAACACGCACAAGGACCUCGACGGGUACGCGUCGCGGCACGGGUGGACCGACCCGGGUCACCUCAGCACGACGAUGUACGACAACACGCACAGGCUGCACACGGUGAUCACCGAGCGAGGCGUCGAGAAGGUGUACAACGCGGACGUCGACACGCCGUCGGGCGUGGCGAAGGUGCCCGCGCCGUGGGACCGGGCGGAAAACUACAAUCCCGACGCCCCGCUGCUGGAGAUUGUGCCGCCGAUGUCGCCGGGCGCGGCGCCAAACUCCUCUCCCGUCGGCUCGUUCUCCCCCGCGAGCGGUACCCCCAAGCGGUUGCUGCACGGCAAGCAGUACUCCGUCCCGGAGAACGAUCCCACCGACGACAGCACCCAGCUCAGGCGGGUGCCGCCGCCCAGCGCGCUGGACGGGAGCUACAACCCCAUCCUGCACCACUGGAACGUGGAGCCCUCGGACCCGUCGAGGCUGGAUCGCGAGGCGAUGCCCGCCGGGCUGAGGAGCAAGCACAACAUGUACCACCCGUGA